AUGUACACAAUCUAUCUAUCUAUCUAUCUAUCUAUCUAUCUAUCUAUCUAUCUAUCUAUGUUCAUUUCCUAUCCAUCUAUCUAUCUAUCUAUCUAUCUAUCUAUCUAUCUAUCUAUCUGCACACUAUUCUUUCUUUCUUUCUUUCUUUCUUUCUUUCUUUCUUUCUUUCUUUCUUUCUUUCUUUCUUUCCCUCAUUCGGUGACUUUUCUUUUUUUUUCUCUCAAUGCUCUUUCACGAUCUUUGCUUUCUUUCUUUCUUUCUUUCUUUCUUUCUACACUUCCUUUUUUAUACUUUUACUUUUUUCAUACUUUCUUUUUAUUUAAUUACUUAUUUUUCUUUCUUUCUUUUUUCUUUCUUUUUUCUUUUGUAUUCUACGCUUUUCUUUAUUUUUUUCAUACUUUUUCUUUUUACAUACUUUCUUUUUUCUUUAUACACUUUUCUUUCUUUCUUUCUUUCUUUCUUUCUUUCUUUCUUUCUUUCUUUCCCCAUUGUUCUUUCUUUCUCAGAUGCAUAUGCUCGGAAACGAGUAACCAGCCAUUGUAUAUAAAGAUCUAUCUAUCUAUCUAUCUAUCUAUCUAUCUAUCUAUCUAUCUAUCUAUCCACAGACAGACUGGCUAG